AUGUUACACUUGCCCCUCGGCGCAGCUUCCGUCGCGGCCGCGACCGCCGCCGCUGUCCCCGACCGCGCCAUCAUCGUCUCGCGUCACGGCGUCCGCCGCCAGUUCCCCAGCUCCGCCUUCAACUUCUCGCUCUACGCGCCCGGCAAGCAUUUUGACACGUCGGACGAGGCGUGGGGCGCGGGCGGCGAGGGCAUGGGCGUGCUCACUCAGCACGGGUACGCCGCGGUGCAGCGGAUGGGCGCCUAUCAGUCGGGGCGCUACGCCUCGCUCCUCUCCGCCGCCGACGGCGGCUGCGCCGACGGCGCCGCCUUUGUGUAUUGCGAGGAGAACAUGCCCCGCGACGAGAAGACGGCAGAGGCCUUCUUCAAGGGGCUCGGCUGCGCGCUCCCGCCGCUGCACUCAGAGGGCGUCGAGUACCUCAUCGACCAGGGCUCGAAGCCGCGCGGAGAGAACGGCCAGUGCGCGCUCGGCACGCAGGCGCAGGUCGAGGGCCGCGUCGGCGGCAGCGUGGACGGGUACCUGCGGCUGUACAAGCCGCUGCUGGCCAAGCUGUCGGAGCUCCUCGGCUGCUGCGCAAAGUCGCUGUGCCCGGCCGGGAUGGAGAGCUGCAGCCUCGAGGACCUCCCUGGCUCGUGGGACCCCGCGCACUGGUACACCACCUUCUCGGGCCCCAUCUAUGCGGGCAAGUACUUUGCAGAGUGGAUCGAGCUCACGAUGCUCAACGGGAUGGACUUUGCGUGGGGCAAGCUAUCGGUGGAGGAGGUGAUGGAGUUCUCCGCCUUUGUGACGCAGUACCGCGCCUUUGAGUUCGACCUGCUCGCAGCGCGCCCCUUUGGCUCCGCCCUCCUCUCCCACAUCGCCGCCUCGCUCACCCAGUGGGAGAGCGGCCAGCGCGAGCCGGCGCUGGCGCACGACCCGUCGCCGCGCCUGGUCUACUACGCGGCUCACGACACCAACCUGCUCUACCUCGCCGAGCUGCUCGGGCUCAAGUGGCUCUCCCACGGCUACCAGCCCAACCACACGCCGCCCGGCGGCGCGCUCGUCUUUGAGGCCUUUGGGCCGGCCAACCCCGCGAAUCCGCUGGACGAGUGGCAGAUCGCGCUCUACUUUGACAUCCAGACGCCGCUGCAGAUCCGCGAGCUGACGGUGCUGUCGGACGACGACCCGGCGACCACCCCGAGCCGCGUCCCCGUCACCAUCCCCGGCUGCAGCACCAAGGCGGAGGACGACCCGCACGCGCCCCUCCUCUGCCCGCUCUCGACCUUCACCCGCCUCGUGCGGCAAGCGGUGCAGCCCGAGUGCAUCACGCCGCCAGACCUGCGCGCCUUUGCCAAGGGGCGGACCGCCACCAUCUUCGAUACCAUGCCGGGCGCGGGCUACUUCACUGCCGGCGUCUUCCUCGCCUUUGUGAGCGUCGCCGUGUGGGUGGCGGCCGAGCGGCGCGCCGCUAGAUGCCACGCAGCAGGGCGGAGCACUGAAACCAUGCGGAAUGCGUUGCUGCCUCGACGAGAACACACGGUCACAUCGUGGCAUGCCGGCGGCGGCGUGCUGGUCGUCGUGAAGGAGAAGGGCGAGACUGUCUCGCUCGUCUCCGUGCCCGACCACUCCCGCGCGGUUUGA